CUCGGUCUCCUAGCAACCCGAGGAGACUCUGGCAGCGGCCGGGUGGACCGGGAGCGGCGGCGGGGGAGCGGGGCCCCGGUAGCGCCCGCGCGGCCCCGGCGACCCCCCGGUCCCGGCCUCCGCGAUACCCUCCGGGGCCUCCGCGCUCCAGGCCCGGCUCCCUGCCCCCCUCCCCGGGCCUGACCCCCCCACGAUACCCCCGGCCCAGCCCCCCUCGGCCCUGACACCCCCAAGACACCUCCCGGGCCUCUGUGCCCCUGACCCCAAGCCCCUGUGACGCUCCCGGGCCUCUGCACCCCGGGGUCCUUGGGCCCCGACACCCCUGGGUCCUGACCCGCUGAGAUGGACCCUGGCCCGUCACAUCCUUGGGCCCUGACACUCUCCCCGCUCCUCCCCGCCAAGAUACACCCUGGUCAUCUCUCCCCCCAGGCCUUGGGCCCCCACACGGGGGAUCCCUGCUUGCACCCAGGACCCCUGGCUCCCCACACCUGCAGCCCACAUGCAGGGGAUUCCCCCCCAAAGCUCCCUGACUCUCCCCUUGACCCAUGCCCGGGGGAUCCCUGCGAUCCCCCAGCACUCUGAUGCCCUCAGACCUACAUCCAGGAGACCCUUCACUCCCUGUCACCCUCCCGUAUGCAGCUGUCCUCUGCCCCCUCUGUCCCGUCCCCUCGCCCUUGUCUAUGCCAGCGCAGCCCCUCCAGGCAGGGAUUUGCUCUUGCACUUCCUUCCUCCAGCAGCGCCAGGCCUGAAGGGAUGAAGGAGCAUGUUUCCCACCAGGAAACCGGCCCUUCCCUCUGAGGUGGCCCCAGAGACCUGCAAGUCCCCUCCAUGCACCUCUAAAGAUCGCAGAGCUGCAAUCGGUGAUCUCCACUUGUUACUUAGAAAGAGCUGGGAGCUUUCUCCCAAUCAUCCUUCAAAGCAGGGAAUUUAUUACUUUUCUUCCUUUCCCAUGAGUGUUCUAGUACACUUGGAUGUUUAACAACAUCUCUGGGAUAGAGACCAGUUCUGAUGCAAAACCCCAAUGUCCUGACUGUGUGCCUAGACUUAGUGACAACUCCAGAGUAAUCUGAAACUCCCGCAUUUUCCCAAAUAAUGUUGUUUCUCUAAUGCUCUCAUCAAACUUUCCUUUAGAGAUAAAAUCUGAGGAAGAAGAAUUUGCCACAGAAGCAGUAGAAGGACCUUAAUGUACUUUGACUGAGUCAUUCUCUGUGGUCUUAACCCUGUGAGAAGAUUUUGUGUCCCUUCUAGACUUUGAAACACUCAGCUCAGAAGUAUUUAACUGAUGCCAUGGCAACAGGGAAUCCAGCUGUGCUCCAAGAAUCAUCUCAGGACAUGAAGCAAAGAAACAAGCCCUUGAUAAAAGGCAUUCAGACUCCAAAGAAGGAAGUGAUCAGGUUAGAUGCCAUAAGGAUGUUAGAUCCAAGUCGGUCAAAACUUGAUACUCAUGAAACCCAAAGAAUCCUAUCUGUGUUGGAUGAGACGAUUGUCAAGCUGGAACUGAGCAGUUUGAUCCCUCGUAUUAUUGACUCUCUGGAUAGGUUUGCUGAUAUGCUGGGACCUGAGAUCACAAAUGACCUGAUGGAGCACCAAAAGCUUUCAAGCAAAAUGGAGCACCUACUUUCCAGCUUUCAGGAACAGGAUACCUCAAGAGCUGAGGAACAGAGGGACUGUCUUUGCUUGCUAGAGCAACAUCUGAAAAGUUCUGUUAGAAAUAUUCUGAGACUCUUGCUGGCCAACCCUUCGCUUUGUCAGGCUCUGAAAUACGAAGUCUGUGCAAGACAGUUAUCAGCUGAAGCGUUUAUCAAAGCCUUUAGGGAGUUCAGGAAUUUCAUGCAUGAGAGACUCCUGACUAGUCCCUUAGAAGAGAAAGAAAAGAUUCAGUUCAUGGAAAACAUCUCCCUCCGGAUUAAGAAAAACACUGAAACACUCACAGCUUUAAAGGCAGAACUGGCAGCAACAAUCCAGUCUCGAGAUGAAAAGAUUCACAGGAAGGACAAUCUGAUCAAAGAUCUCAAAAACUCUUUGCAAGAUGUGGCCAACAACUACAAGAUCAGUGUCCUGCAGAUUAUGCAGGAAGGGGAAAACCAGCAAAAAGAGGAGCUGCGAGCUUCUCAGGCCAGGUGUGCUAGGCUACAGGAGGACAUUCAGCAGCUAAGAGCAAAACUCUGUAUGCUUGUACUGGAGCAUCGAGAAUCAGAACUGGUUCUCAGAAAGAAGAAGUGCAAAGCAGAGAUGGAAAUUGAGAAGUGGAUCCAGAAAUAUGAUGCGGACAUGGGGGAAAAACAGGUAUCCUCUAUAAGGCUGAGUAUGAGGAGCUUUAUGCUCUCUACUCCAAGGAGAAGGCCCAGGUGUCCCUGCUGCAGGAGAAACAUGCAGUGCUUAUCCAGGAGUAUUCCCAGAUCGAGGAGGAGCGCAGGAUACGUCAGAAGAAGAAGGAACGGGAUUUGGAGGAGUUGACCACCAUGACCCUUGCUGCCACCCGCAUCCAGGCCUUCUGGAGGGGAUACUUGGUCCGGUCGCUCUUCAAGUUGAAAAGGAAGAAGAAGAAGAAGAAGGGAAAGGGCAAGAACCCCAACAAAUAAGCACAAAAUCUAUUCUCUCUCCUCCAUUCUUUCUUCCUGGCAGAGCUGCUGGCUCCUCUGGCUCUUCCAGAUAAAAACAUUAGCUGAGAUAGCCUUUGCACUCAGGCCCAAGCUUUCUAGGGCUGGGGUUCUCAUAGUCAGAGUAUUUCAAAGAAGUGGCAUAAAGACACGUCUCAGCAUUUUAGGUUUAGCUCUGUUGCCAUUGAAAGGAGGAGGAUGUCUCCUGAUGAAGGGACGGGACCAACCAGGAAUGGAGUGCAGAUUCCUGACUUUUCUCCCUAGCUUUAGUCCCCAUGCCCAAAUUGUGUUUAUGUGUCAGGGCCCAAUUCUGUUGUUACUGAAGGUGGCAAUAAAAUCAUUUAUGGGGGCAAGAUGAAGCCCUGUGCCUGA